AAGUUGGAUGUUCGUCUUGAACUUUCCUCUUUUCAACCCCUCCCAUCCCGACCCUAUCUCCAGUGCUCAGGAGUCUACGGGAAUAUUCCUUUGACAAAAAAGGUGCCUUCUACUCCUCUCCCAAGCUCUUUUACAUCCUCUAGCUCUUGAGAUCAUCGUCGGGCCGUAGCAUCAAACGAAGAAUUCUCAUUUGAUCAUUAUGCCUCCGAGACGUUCAAGUCGCGCUCCUGCCUCAAAGGCAGCUCCUGAGCCUGCUACUAAGCCGGCACCAAAGGCAGCUUCAAAACCCGCCGUGAGAGGUCGCAGUAAAACUACUAAACGGCCCUCAUCACCCGAAAAUUCACCUCCUCCGCCUGCUAAACGCAGCCGACCGUUGUCCAAACUUCCCUCGAAUGGCGUCGUUCCCGAAGCGAAACCCAGAGUCAAGGCUCUUGCUAAGAAAGCCGCCGCUCCCCGCGCUCGCAAGGCUGCGAAGCCUGCAGGUGAGCCGGUGCCGUAUUUCAACGCACUUCCAACCCCCGCCGAACAUCAUCGACCUGCGCCACAUUUAUUCGUAUGGGGUGCGGGGAACUUCGGACAGUUUGGUAUGGGCCCAGAUAUCCUGGCUGAGUUUGAUAAGCCAAGAAAGAGCACCUGGGUCGAAAAGAAAAUUGAAGAGGGCGCCUUCGGUGAGGAGGGUGCCGGUCUGGAAGCUGUGGCUGCAGGUGGUUUGCACACUCUCUUCGUAGAUGAGAAGGGUACAGUCUGGUCUUGCGGCACCAAUGAUAAUGCUGCGCUAGGUCGUGUCACGGCCGACAUCCCUGAUCCUGAAAAACCAGGAGAGGUCCUCGAUGCUGAUACCAUUACCUCAUUCCCAUACCCUCUCGAUUCUCUUGUUGAAGAGAACUUUCGUGCUGUUCGUGUCGCUGCAGGUGAUUCGAUAUCAGCCGCGAUUAGCGAUAAGGGCGAAUUGCGAGUCUGGGGCUCAUUCCGCGUAAGUACUUCGAUGAUCCGUUCCUUAUGCUUAAACUUAUGUUUCAAACAACAGGCUGCUGAAGGUGCUCUCGGAUUCUCAGAAAGUAGUGCACAUCAAUUCCUGCCUGCCCCGAUACUGGACUUGAAGUCUAAACCGAAUAAUCCCGAAAAGUUCACUGCGGUCGCCGCAGGUAACAAUCACCUUCUCGUUUUGACUACCCAUGGCAAUGUCUAUGCCUGGGGUGCUGGAGAGCAGGGGCAGCUUGGACGCAAGGUCCUUGAACGCCGGAAGAUCCACGGCACUGUUCCCGAGAAGAUCGUCCUCGGCAGUCGAAGUCGCAAAGCUGUUGUCAUUGGUGCUGGUGGCUACACCUCGUUCGCCGUCGACAACCAAGGUUCCGUUUGGGCAUGGGGUUUGAACAACAUGGGACAAGCGGGUACCGGCUUUACUAGCGCUGCAGCUGACAGUGAGGUGUCACGUCCCCAAAAGGUUGCCAACCUCAGCAAAGCCGAGUUGGGUGACGACGAGACUGUUGUUGAGAUUGCUGGUGGUGAACAUCACACGCUAUUCCUCACGUCGAAGGGCAGGGUGUUUGCCUGCGGUCGGUCAGAGGGCGGACAGCUUGGUCUCGCUGAUGACGACGAGGCCUUCGAGGACCGAGAGUUCCCUGGUAUGCUCCCUGAGCCAGCCUUGGUGACAUUCCCUGAUGGGGAUGACCCAAUUGUCCACAUUUCGGCUGGAAUUCACAACAACCUAGCCGUAUCCAAGGGUGGUGCGUUGUACACCUGGGGUACAGGUCCUCAAGGUGAGCUCGGCGCAGGUGACGAGACAGAGGUGAAGACGCCGAAAAUGAUCGUGCGCAAAGAGGGUGGUUCGUGGGCUGCGAUUGCUGCGUCCUGCGGUGGUCAACAUACACUCGGAUUGUUGAAGAAGAAGACCUCAUAGACUUGACUUGAAAGUUGGCUCAUUCUGGAUUCCCAAAUUGCAUUUCUCGUUCUCAAUGGACGCAAACCCUGCUAUCCUACCCAGCCUCGUCGUGUAAUAACAUUGCAAUAUCUUAUUCAUAUAUUCAUCGCGCUCUGUGGUAUACUUUUUUUCUUCUUCCAAUCAUUCUGUGUGC